CUGAGGAACAAGAUAAAGUCUGUACCUAGACAUAAAAACAUGCAUAAUUAUUACAUCAACAACAGUAGCAGAGAUAGUUCCCUCUAUUCAGGAUAACGAUCUAUCUGCUAAAAUCAUCCAAGUGAAGAGAUAUGGAAUCUGGUGAUCAAGUUGCCGUGGUAAUGGUGCCUCUUCCGGGUCAAAGCCAUCUCAACCAGCUUCUUCAGCUGGCCGGCCUGAUAGCUUCCUACGGCCUUCAGGUUCACUUUGUUGGCUCCGCCACCCACAACCGCCAGGUCAAACUCCGGUCCAACGGCCUAAAACCUAAUUCAGGAAUCCAAUUCCAUGAUCUUCCAACUCCUCCCAUCGCCGCCGUGGAUCCUGAUCCAAGCUCGUUCGACAAACUACCCGUUCACAUGUAUCCAGCCGUCCAGGCCUAUGCCAACUUACGGGAACCUGUUCUCGGCCUUGUAGAAGAGCUGUCCCUGAAAACAAGAAGAGUUGUCAUCAUUUACGACAGGAUGAUGUUCGAGGUGGUUCGGGACGCUGUCUCAGUCCAGAAUGUGGAGUCUUAUGCAUUCAACUGCGUGUCGGGUUUUAAUCUCUUCUUCGUACUGUGGGAAGCGAUGGGGAAACCGAUCCAAGUAGAGGGACCGCUCAAAGACCCGCCUCCUAUCAGCGAAUUUAUGCCUGAGGGAGUUAUCAAAUUCAUCGUUUCUAGUAUUUUUAAAGAGAGAGAUGGAGAUAUCCAUAAUACCUGCAGAUUGAUAGAUGGUGCUUAUAUUGAUCUACUGUCCAGGGAGGAGAUCAGUGGGAGUACUAAGCCGCAAUGGGCUAUUAGACCAACACUACAGGUAGAUUUAAAUGCAAAUAACGAGGGAAAACCCCGGCAUAAAUGCCUGGAGUGGCUGGACAAACAAGCACCGGGAUCAGUGAUAUACGUUUCUUUCGGAACCACAACUUCGUUUUCAAAUGAAGAAGCCGGGGAGAUCGCUCUAGGCCUGGAACAAAGCAAGCAGAAGUUCAUAUUGGUGCUGAGAGAUGCCGAUAAAGCUGAUAUUUUUGCCGGAGAAGAGAGAAAGAUUGAGCUGCCAGAAGGGUUUGAAGAAAGAGUGCAAGAAAAUGGAAUGGUGGUGAGAGAUUGGGCUCCACAGCUGCAAAUUCUGGCUCAUAAAUCGACAGGAGGAUUUAUGACUCACUGCGGCUGGAAUUCGUGUUUCGAGAGCCUUUGGACUGGCGUGCCUGUAGCAGCCUGGCCGAUGCAUUCUGACCAGCCACUUAAUGCUCUAUUCUUGACAAGAGUUCUGAAAACAGGCCUGGUUGUGAGGGAGUGGGCGCAGAGGAAGGAGCUGGUCACAGCGUCGGUGAUUAAGAACGUCGUGGAGAGGUUGAUGGCGUCGAAAGAGGGCGACGAGAUUAGAAAAAGGGCGGAGGAGUUAAGCGCCGCCAUUAAAGUAUCCAUGGAUGAAGCUGGUUGCCCGGAAAUACAGAGCUUCAUUGCCCAUAUUACCCGAUGAAAAUUAUUGUUGUUCCGGCUAAAUAUUUGGAUUGGAUUUUUAUGUCGUUUUGUUUUCUACGUACAUCUAAUAUAUACUUCUUGUACGUUUAAU